AUGUCCAAUAAGAAAGAAGAAAGAGACGCCACUCCAGGGAGCAAUAAACGCCUGUUAUUGGAUGAAGGCCACACUCCAGCUAUAUGUCGUCGAUGCAUCUGUGACAACCAUCAUAUUGCUGUAGACACCUGUGACAACCAUCAUAAUGCUGUGGACACCUGUGACAACCAUCCUAAUGCUGUGGACACCUGUGACAACCAUCCUAUUGCUGUGGACACCUGUGACAACCAUCCUAUUGCUGUAGCCAUCUGCGACAACCAUCAUAUUGCUGUGGACAUCAGUGACAACCGACCUAUUGCUGUGGACGCCUGUGACAACCAUCAUUUUGCUGUGGACACCUGUGAAAACCACCCUGUUGUUGUGGCUGUCUACAUCUGUGACAACCAUCGUAUUGCUGUGGACGCCUGUGACAACCAUCAUAUUGCUGUAGAUACCUGUGACAACCAUCCUAUUGCUGUAGACAUCUGUGAGAACCAUCAUAUUGCUGUGGACACCUGUGACAACCAUCCUAUUGCUGUGGACAUCUGUGACAACCAUCCUAUUGCUGUGGACAUCUGUGACAACCAUCCUAUUGCUGCAGACAUCUGUGACAACCAUCCUAUUGCUGUGGACAUCUGUGACAACCAUCAUAUUGCUGUGGACAUCUGUGACAACCAUCCUAUUGCUGUAGACGUCUGUGACAACCAUCAUAUUGCUGUGGACACCUGUGACAACCAUCCUAUUGCUGUGGACGCCUGUGACAACCAUCGUUUUGCUGUGGACACCUGUGACAACCAUCCUGUUGUUGUGACUGUCUGUGAGAACCACCCUGUUGUUGUGGCUGUCUUUGUGAUGAACAGCAGCUUGAAUGUAAAACGACCUUGA